CACUCGCAAUUGGCUCGGUAGUGGCAUGUUUUCACUAUGAAAAACCGCAACAUCCGCGCUACCUGAUCGAAAGUCUAUUACCUAUUUUACCUAAGUGUACAGAUCAACAAAAUCACAGGCUAUGCCACCCCCCGGGCUUCUAGGAACCCCCACGGAGAAAGAGAAGGGCUGAUCCCUGACCCCCUGCUGCUGUACCCCCCAACCAUCCCCCUCCCUCCACUCCCCCUCUCCUCCCCCAGCCACACCCAGUCCUGUCCUAGCCCCUCCCCACACACCCCCCCCCAGACCUGCCACCUCCGUCUCCAUGGCUACAGGAGGCGGAGCCUCUGAGACAGAUGUGUUGGUUAACCUGCAGCAGGUAAAGGUGGUGGAGGAGGAUGAGGAGGAAGAGGAGGAGGAGGGGAGCUGGGAGAAGGCUUUGUCUGUGGAGAGGUUUGGUGACAUCAUCUCAGACUCCUCCUGUGGUGGAGAGAAGAUGGGGCGCAACUACAACGAGAAGGACUUUGAGUAUCACAGACACACCUUUCAUCACACCCACCACCCCCUGUCCACCCACCUGCCCCCGACCCAGCGCCUGCGCAGGAGGGCCCUGAGCAUGGACCGCCGCCGCAAGAAGAAGCGCAAGAAGAAGAAGACGUCCAUGCCGCCCUCCGAGGUCACGCCCACCAUCCAGGAGGAGGACGAGGAGGAGGCCGGGGAGGAGGCUGAAGGCCUUGCAUCCACACCCUUGGAGAUACCUGAGGACCAAUCACAGUUCAGUCUGGGGAGCGAGGAGGACUUAGCACCCCCCCUCCCGCCAACCACCACCUUCCACGUGGAGAGAGAACAGCCUCCAGAGGGCGCUCCAGCGGAGGAGAAGGAGGAGGAAGGAGUGACACCAGAGCAGGUGGAGGAGGAGUCACCCAACAGGUUCCCGCCGUCGGCCGACCUGGGUCCGGCCGUGACCACGCUGGGCUGGUUCCGCCGGAGGCCGUCCCCCCAGCGGGCAGCCGGGGCGCAGCGGGCCAGCUACGACCUGCGGGAGCGCGUCUGCAUCGGCAGCAUGACCGCCCUGGAGACGGCCGUCUACCAGAAGGUUCCCACUGACGAGGCCGAGGCCCAGAUGCUGGCCAGCGCCGACCUGGAUGACAUGAAGAGUCACAGGUUCGAAGACAACCCAGGGGUGAGGCGUCACCUGGUGAAGAAGUCAUCGCGAUGCCAGCUCCCCCACAGCAGCACCAGCUCCCUCCCGCUGUCCAGCCUGAAGAAGAAGAGGAAGGUGUCAGAGAAGAAGACCCACGAGGUGUUUGUGGAGCUGAACGAGCUGAUCGUGGAUAAGAACAAGGACAUGCGCUGGAAGGAGACGGCUCGCUGGAUCAAGUUUGAGGAGGACGUGGAGGAGGACACAGAGCGCUGGGGGAAGCCUCACGUGGCCUCGCUGUCCUUCAGGAGCCUGCUGGAGCUACGCAGGACCAUCACUCACGGAGCCAUUCUGCUGGACCUGGAGAAGAACACGCUACCAGGCAUCGCGCACCUGGUGGUGGAGACCAUGAUCAUCUCAGACCAGAUACGAGCUGAAGACCGUGCCAAUGUGCUCCGAGCUCUGCUCCUCAAACACAGCCAUCCCAACGACGAAAAAGAGGGCCUCUUCCACCGCAACCACUCCACCAACAGCCUUUACAGCAGCUUCCACCGCAACCACAACCAUGUCCCGGACGCCGCCCUGCCCCUGGUGUCGGAGGACCACGUGGACCUCCACGAGACCAAAGCAGGGGAGCAUGAAAAAGAGGUGUUUGUGAGCUUGUUUAAAUCCCUUCACCCCAUUCCUGUCGACAGCCAUCAGGUUGCCAGAUCCAUGAAACUCCUGGCCAAAAUCCCCAAGGAUGCCGAAGCAACUGUGGUAUUAGUGGGCUGCGUGGACUUUCUGGAGCAGCCGGCGAUGGCCUUCGUCAGACUGAACGAGGCCGUCCUCCUCGAGUCGGUUCUGGAAGUACCGGUGCCGGUCCGCUUCUUGUUCGUGCUGCUGGGGCCCAACCAGUCCAACCUGGACUACCACGAGAUCGGACGCUCCUUCUCUACUCUCAUGUCUGACAAGAACUUUCACGAGGUGGCGUACUUCGCAGACGACAGACAGGACCUUCUGAAUGGCAUCAACGAGUUCCUGGACUGCAGCAUUGUCAUCCCACCGUCGGACGUGGAGGGUAAAGACCUUCUGAAGACCGUGGCCUCCUUCCAGAAACAGAUGUUACGCAAGAGGAAGGAGCGGGAGAUCAAGAAGCACCAGAUCACCACACCGGGGGCCGACCUGGAUACUAAAGAGGCGAGCCAGGAUGAGCAGGAGGAGGAGGAGGAGUUGGAGGUCGACCCUCUAAAACGCUCUGGGAUUCCCUUCGGAGGUCUGAUUCACGACAUCCGCCGGCGCUACCCGCGCUACGUCAGCGACCUCAAGGACGCCGUGGACGUCCAGUGUGUCGCAGCUGUCAUCUUCAUCUACUUUGCUGCUCUGUCCCCCACCAUCACCUUUGGAGGACUGCUGGGAGAGAAAACAGAAGGCAUGAUGGGAGUUUCUGAGCUCAUCAUCUCCACGGCUACCCUGGGUGUUCUAUUUUCUCUGUUGGCGGGACAACCCCUCCUCAUCAUCGGUUUCUCAGGACCCCUGCUCGUGUUUGAGGAGGCCUUCUACAAGUUCUGCCAGUCCCAGGGCUUUGAGUACCUGACCGGCCGCGUGUGGAUCGGGUUCUGGCUCAUCUUCAUCGUCCUGGUGAUGGUUGCUGCUGAGGGCAGUUUCCUGGUGCGCUACAUCUCACCCUUCACCCAGGAGAUCUUCGCCUUCCUCAUCUCUCUUAUCUUCAUCUACGAGACCUUCUCGAAGCUCAUCAAGGUGUUCCAGGAGCAUCCUUUGAUGAGGAACUACCCUCCGUUCCACCAGGGGUUCCCUGACCUGGCCAGCGUGCUGGGCGGGCUGCUCCACGAGGAGGGGCCGGUCCUGAACCAGCCCAACACCGCCCUGCUCUCCCUGGUGCUCAUGCUCGGAACCUUCUUUGUGGCUUUCUUUCUCAGGAAGCUCCGAAACAGCCGUUUCCUGGGCGGGAAGGCAAGAAGAAUCAUUGGGGAUUUUGGAAUUCCCAUCUCCAUCCUGUUCUCUGUCAUGCUUGAUUACUCCAUUCCUGAUACUUAUACUCAGAAGCUGAACGUGCCUUCUGGCUUCUCCGUCACGUCUCCUGACAAGCGCGGCUGGUUCAUCAGUCCGUUCGGAGACAAACACCCGUUCCCUGCCUGGAUGAUGGGGGCGUCCAUCAUCCCUGCGCUGCUCGUCUUCAUCCUCAUCUUCAUGGAGACGCAGAUUACCUCGCUGAUCGUCAGUAAGAAGGAGCGUCGCCUGGUGAAAGGCUCGGGGUUCCACCUGGACCUGCUCCUGAUCGUCACCCUGGGGGCUGUUUGCCCGCUGUUCGGCCUGCCCUGGCUGACGGCCGCCACGGUCCGCUCCGUCACGCACGUCAACGCGCUGACGGUGAUGAGCAAGGCCACGGCGCCCGGGGAGAAGCCCAUGAUCCAGGAGGUGAAGGAGCAGAGGGUGACGGGCCUGGUCGUGUCCGUGCUCGUGGGAAUGUCCAUCGUGAUGACUGAUCUUCUCCGCCACAUCCCAUUGGCUGUACUGUUUGGCAUCUUCCUGUACAUGGGCGUCACGUCGCUCACAGGCAUCCAGCUGUACGAGCGCAUCACCCUCAUGGUCACUCCCGCCAAGCACCACCCCGACCACAUCUACGUCACCAAGGUGAAGACCUGGCGUAUGAACAUGUUCACCAUCAUCCAGCUGAUGUGCAUCGUGCUGCUGUGGGUGGUGAAGUCCACCGUGGCCUCGCUGGCCUUCCCCUUCAUCCUCAUCCUCACCGUGCCUCUCCGACGCCUUGUCCUCGCCAGGAUCUUCGAGGAGCGAGAGCUCCAGGCGCUUGACUCCGACGAGGAAUCCCCUAACUUUGAUGAGGAUGGGCGGGAUGAGUAUAAUGAAAUUCACAUGCUUGUCUAGUAAGGUCCGGUCUACUACACUCUCUCCUGACCUGGUAGAGCGGCUCCUACACAGACCAUUUACAGCCUGUUUGGACGAAAACCACAAGUCUGGGUAGCUAAGUCAGAGUUCAGUAAGGAUCUGUCCAAUAGAAAACCUUGUAUAUACAGAAUAUUCCAUUACCCCUUGAAUCUACAAACACACUAAUCGUACACCCCUAUUUAUGUAAUUAUUUAUAUUUUUUCCUUCAUCGAGAGAUUAUUUUGUCUAUCCCACUAUUUAUCAGCAUGAUGAAUUCUGAUGUGUAAAAGGACCAAGGACCAAGGUAAUCCAGACCCACCUCCUCCUCAACACCUGCCUCCUACUGGGAUUAGCUCUCUUCCCUUUAAAGGUCAACUUCUAAACAGGGACUGAGCUUGAGUGCAUCGACUGUGACCUCCGAGCCCUGCAGUGUGUUUGUUGAACCGGAUCUCAUCCACACUGCAGCUACCAAGUAGACUGCUCUGAAAGGACAGGUUUGAAGAGAACAGCUCUGGUGCGACAGCUCCGGCUGUCUCAGACAAGUUCACUGCCUCAGAUUUUGAACUGCCUUCUCCCCUGUUACUGUGAAGGCGUUAGUUAAGGUAACAGCCUGACUAGCCAGAUUACUGUGCAAUUCCUUUCAGAUCACUGUAAAUGUUGACCCCAAAUGAACUGCACUGCCACACCAGUUCCAUGGAAAAAUAUAGAUACAUUGAGCCUUCAUGGUGCCCUGAAAUCCACUGAAGACUGAUUUAGACAAAUGUCUAUUUCAGGUUGGAAUUGUGUCCUACCUAAGCAGUCAGUCCAAUUACUUUAAAUGCUGAACUGUACAAGUUGUAUCUGCAUUGUUUUCCACUAGUUAGAUUUCAAUUGUACAUGUUUUUUUCUUUCAUCAAUUGUCAUUUGUCACUUUAACCUGACAGUCUGGAGUGUCACCCCUUUUAUAUUUCCUUGUGAUUUCUCUGUAUUCUAGUGGAAUAUUAUCCUGCCUGGUUUGUAUGAAGCCAUAUCUAAGUGUGGGAUGAUAUGGGUUUCAUUUCUCACUGUGCAAUUCGCUUUGUGUGCUGAACAGGUUUCCUGGUCAUUUUCUCUCUCUGCUAACAGCUUGGCGGUUAAACUCAAGACUGAUUGAAACUAGUGUUGGCUCGUUUCCAGGUCUGAGAAUGUUCCGCACAAGCUAAGAGAAAUGUCUGGGAGGAACUAUAUUGCUGGAAAGGUUUUCUGACCCAACUUUUACAUCACAGUCACCGUUGGUUUGUGCUGUGUUUCAGGAAGGUUGUGAUGGUCACUUUCAGAUGGUCACCAUAGGACAGUUAGUGACAUGUGCUGGUGUUGGAGGUGGGUUCAGGAGAACGUGUUAUCUUCCUAACGUUAGGCUUCGGGGGUGUACCACACAUUCCACACAUUCUGACGGUUAUGACAUUCAGGAAGGUGUCAGACGUUCCACACAGAUGUUGACUAUCAGAUGUAGGUUUUAAAUGAGCUGAAAUCCAAAAGAGAUUCUACCAACAUGGCUAAACUCUGGAAUUAACAGAUCCGGAAAUUUUAAAAUAAAUUGACCCUUGAGCCACAACUUUUUCCCUGAAAUUACGUUUGAUGUCCCCUUUGUGUACAUAAAGUAGUUGACUUUGCUGAGUGAAGUGAACAUUUUGUGUUCUACUGUCGUUUAUCUUUAAGUUGAUAUUCAUUUAGCAGACUCUUUUAUCCUAAGUGACAUGCUGUUCUUGAGUGCUUUUAACCUACCAGCAGACGGAGAAAUGUAAUAUUUGAGUUAUUUUGGUUGUUGCCCUGGUGGUGGUGGUGUCAGAGUGGUGGUGGUGUAAGAGUAGACUGUGUCAGAGUGGUGGUGGUGGUGUCAGAGUGGUGGUGGUGUCAGAGUAGACUGUGUCAGAGUGGUGGUGUUCAGCAGUGUCACUUGAACGAGGCCCUCACCUCCAUGACCCUGACCCACCACAGUCUAAAUAUGAAGGUCUGUAGCGUCGCGUCAACAUCAUCUCAGACGGAAGUGGCUGUAUUCUGAGGCUAGUUCAGUCAGCAUGUGUGAAGUGUUGCAGCAACAGGGGAACGUGUGUGCUGCUUCCACCCACACCGGGUCAAAAGGAGAGACGGGAGCUCUCUGUCCUUUAAGGGAAGUCCAAAGGUCGUUGUUGUUUGAGAAUACAAGCGUGCCAAGGCGAGUUCACCAGGUUCCGUCGCCUUCUACCAACAUGCCAGAUAUGCAGACCCCCUGCAUCUAGGACCACAGGUGUUACUGUUGAACCACCAUUAGCUAGACUCCUUUUGGUGAGAAUCGAAAGAUCUUUUCGUUUCUUUUGACAGCAUGUACCUGCCAUGGAUCUCAUCUGUCGUAUGCCAGAUUGUAAAUGAUAAAAAGCUAGACAAUCAGAUAUGUAUGCCAUAAUUAACUGUGUAUGUGUCCGUGACAUUAAUCUCUCCACUCAUGGAAUGUUGCUAGCAUUGUUAUCUCCCUUCAGACUUUUGUUGUUGUUCCGCUGUUUCACUCACUCUUCUCUUGUACAGGUCGCUCACAGUGUUGAAACAGUCACCCUCUCAAUCAGCAUUUUCUAUCAGAGUUGCCACACAGUAGGUCAACACUCUCUUUGCUUGGACAGUUCACUUUCCGUGAAGGUCAUCCUUCUGAACCUUUAAGAUACCAACACAAUAUUAUUGUAUGACCCAACCUGUCAUCAGUGCACUGAAGACAAACUUUCUCUAUGAGGGGAAAUGUCUUGUGUCUCCAUAUGGGUGACAAAUUACAUAGGAAUGUGCAUGAUGUGUACAUGCCAGCGUCUGUGGAGAAGAAACAUGCUGGAUGCCAUGUUUCUUCCUCAGACAGUACAGUUACACAUGAACACAACACAACAUGUUGCCUGGCAGUUUUGAAGAUGUGCAAACAUCUUUCUUUUGAGUUUAUUUUACGGUAAAUUAAGCUUAAGUUAGCAUUAGCAAUACUGAAAAGUACUUGUGUCAUGUGAAUACUUGAAUAGCAGUCCUACUAUUAUUAUAAAGAGGUUUUAAAACUACUGAACAAGAAAUUGUUAUUUUUUGUCUGAAAAUAAAUAUUUAUUAUGUGUUUCAA